CCGCUACCUCAGCACGUCAAGGACUCUGCAGGUUCACUGGCAUUUAUGCUUGUAUGUAGUCACACUGUAUAUCCAAAGGUCUUCCAUUAAUGCUUUCAAAUAUCAGCACAUAUGCACUAAAAGCAUUCUGUCGGUAAAUGAAAGUAAGGACAGUGCUGCUUUGGACAGCCUUUGUGCAGCGAUCAGCUUGUUGCUGUACGUGGCACGGAACUGGACGGCUUUACAGCAAGCUCGGCCGAACAAACGAGAGUCGCAUCAGUCGUGUUGCCGCGGUGGAACAGUUAGGUUGCCGAUUGGAGAGGCAGAAACAGGAAAAGUGGACUAGAUGAUGGAAAGACAGAAAGUGUGGGUCCCGGACCCUGUUGAAGGAUUUGUUCUUGGGACAAUUCAUGACAUUGGGCACAAUGGAGAAGCAACAAUUUUUACUACAGAUUCCAAGCACUCCAAGCUUACCUACAACUUGGAAAGGGUGUACUAUGCAGAGCAACAUGACAAAGCAGAUGUUGAAGAUAACUGUGCCUUAAUGUAUCUCAAUCCAGCUACUUUACUGAGCAACAUCCGCACUCGAUACAAGAAAGACAAGAUUUAUACAUUUGUAGCCAACAUUCUAAUCGCUGUCAACCCAUACUGUGAAAUUAAAGAUUUGUAUUCUUCUAAAACAAUCAAGAGCUAUCAGGGAAAAUCUCUGGGUGUUCUUCCUCCUCAUGUUUUUUCUAUUGCGGACAAGUCAUUUCGUGACAUGAAAGUCAUGAAGCAGUCUCAGUCAAUUAUAGUAUCUGGAGAGUCUGGAGCAGGAAAAACAGAAUCAACCAAAUACUUGUUACGCUAUUUGUGUGAGCUCUGGGGAACAACUGCUGGACCCAUUGAACAGAAAAUCUUAGAUGCAAAUCCUGUCAUGGAAGCAUUUGGUAAUGCCAAAACAACACGGAACAACAAUAGUAGUCGUUUUGGCAAGUUCAUAGAGGUACACUUUGAUAGCCGCUGCCAGGUGGUGGGUGGGUUCAUCUCCCAUUAUCUGUUAGAAAAGUCACGUAUCUGUCGACAGAGUGAACAUGAACGUAACUAUCACGUGUUCUAUCUCCUGUGUGCUGGGGCACCUGACAAACUUCGAGAACAGCUCAGCAUCACCAAACCUGAUGAUUUUCAUUAUUUAAACAGUGGGUGCACUCAGUAUUUUACUACCAGUGUCUCUGAGAAGAAACUGAACAACAGUCAGAAGAGCCAGAGUCAUCUGAUGAAAGGAGGUCUUCGAGAUACCAUGCUGGAUGAUAUAGAGGACUUCACUAAUAUGGAUAAUGCAUUGGGCCGAUUGGGUCUGAGUGAUGCUGAGCGGCUUAACAUCUAUACCAUGGUAGCCUCAGUACUUCACUUGGGAAAUGUUGCUUUUGAAGACAACCCUGAGGACACAAAAGGCGGGUGCCAAGUAUGUGGUAGCUCUGAGAAAUCUCUGUCAAUAGCAGCCAAACUAAUGGGAGUGGAUCCAGGAGAGCUACGGCAGGCACUUGUAUCCAGGGUCAUGCAGUCAAGCCGUGGAGGUCUGAAAGGCACAGUUAUUAUGGUUCCACUAAAGGUAUAUGAAGCCAACAAUGCAAGAGAUGCUCUUGCCAAAGCUCUUUACAGUAAUCUGUUUGAUUACAUUGUUCAACGCAUCAACAAAUCAAUCCCCUUCAAAGCAUCAAGUUAUUACAUUGGGGUCUUGGAUAUUGCUGGGUUUGAAUAUUUCACAGUUAACAGUUUUGAGCAGUUCUGUAUCAACUACUGCAAUGAGAAGUUACAGCAAUUUUUCAAUGAGAGGAUCCUGAAGGAUGAACAGGAUCUCUAUCAGAGAGAGGCCCUGCAAGUCCCAAAGAUAGAGUUUAGAGACAAUCAGGACUGCAUUGACUUGAUAGAGUCUAAGGGCACUGGAAUCUUUGCUAUCCUGGACGAGGAAUCGAAGCUUCCAAAACCCAGUGCUGAACACUUCACCAUGGAAGUUCACCAAAAGUGGGCAGGACACUUCCGUCUAGCUCUUCCAAGAACAUCACGGCUGAAAGCACACCGUGACACAAGGGAUAAUGAAGGGUUCAUGAUCAGACAUUUUGCUGGAGCAGUCUGUUACAGGACUGGCCAGUUUAUUGAAAAGAACAAUGAUGCACUCCAUGCUUCAUUGGAAGGUUUAAUCCAAGAGAGCAGGAACCCAUUUCUUCAAGUUUUGUUUGCAUCAUCAUCCAACAUGAGUCAACAAAAAGGAAAGCUUACUUUCAGCAGUGUUGGUUCAAAGUUCAGAACACAACUGGGAGAACUGAUGGACAAGCUUAAGAGCACUGGCACAAAUUUCAUACGAUGUAUCAAACCAAACCAGAAAAUGGUGGAUCACCAGUUUGAGGGAGGUUCAAUUCUGUCACAACUGGAAUGUUCAGGCAUGACAAGCGUCAUGGAGCUGAUGCAGAAUGGCUUUCCAUCUCGAGUUCCUUUUGCAGAUUUGUACAAUAUGUAUCACAAAUACUUGCCACCCAGACUGGCAAAGUUGGAGCCUAGAGUCUUCUGUAAGGCACUGCUGAAGGCACUGGGGAUGACAGAGAAUGAGUACCGCUUCGGCGUGACUAAAGUGUUUUUCCGACCAGGCAAGUUUGUAGAGUUUGAUUCCAUCAUGAAAUCAGAUCCCGAGAAUUUGGCUAGUAUGGUUGCCAAGGUCCACAAAUGGCUUCUCACAUCGAAGUGGAAGAAAACACAGUGGUGUGCCCUGUCUGUUAUUAAAUUGAAAUACAAGAUCCUGUAUCGAAGGGCAUGCUUGAUAACAAUUCAGAAGAAUGUUCGCAUGUUUCUUGCCAAGAGAAUUCAUCAGCCAAGAUACAAAGGCAUUACAAAAAUAAACAGUCUGCAGGCAAAACUACUUCAGAUGGAGGCUUCAAUUGGCCAGCUGAAGAAGGAUAAGCAAUUUAGUUUAUCAGAGCUGAAGAAGUUACAAGCAGAUAUGACUUCUGCUAUACAGAAAAUUAAGAGAGAUGAGAAGAUCAAGCCUGCAGAAGUAGAUGAACUCUACACACACCUUCUGAACACCACAAAUAGCCAAAUGAACCAGCUUCAGAAGAAGGUACAGGAGCAGAAGAAUGCUGAAGAACAGGAACGACUAAGGAAAAUACAAGAGGAGAUGGAAAAAGAAAAAAGACGGAAGGAAGAAGAAGAGAGAAGAAAAAGAGAAGAAGAAGAAAAUAGGAGAAGAAAAAUUGAAAUGGAAGCUCGUCGUAAGGCAGAAGAGGAAGAAAGGAGGAGGCAAGAAGAAGAAGACAAGAAAGCUGCUGCUAUUCUUCAGGCUCAAUUAGAAAAGGAAGCUCUAGAGAACACUCGUUACCGAGAGCAGUUGGAACAGGAGAGAAGAGAUCAUGAAUUGGCUUUAAGGCUUGCACAGGAAACCAAUGACCAAUUAGAAGAGAUGUCUCCACAAGAUAAUAGGAGUAGGUCAGCCUGCACAGAGAUCAGGAGCCUGCCGCCCAAUAAGCUCAACAGAUCAGAGUUGGUGAGGUCAGUGCAGGCAGCACAGGGCAAACAGAAGUAUGACUUGUCCAAAUGGAAAUAUUCUGAACUACGUGAUACAAUCAAUACAUCAUGUGAUAUUGAGUUGCUGGAGGCAUGCAGAAUUGAAUUUCACCGCCGGCUCAAAGUAUAUCAUGCUUGGAAGGCUAAGAACAAAAGGAAAACAACAAUGGAUGAAAAUGAACGAGCCCCUCGUUCUGUUAUGGACGCUGCUACUAGAGUUCCUCGUGCUGCUGUUAAGACACCAAUAAACAUAACUUCACAGCGGUAUUUCCGUAUUCCUUUCGUCCGCUCAACAGCAGCUAACAACUUAACAGGAGGGAAUGAGUCUACUUCAGGGAACAAGCGGGGUUGGUGGUAUGCUCAUUUUGAUGGACAGUAUGUAGCCCGGCAGAUGGAGCUACACCCCGAGAAGCCUGCCAUCCUUCUUGUAGCUGGUGUUGAUGAUAUGCAGAUGUGUGAACUGAGUCUGGAUGAAACAGGACUCACAAGGAAGCGUGGUGCUGAGAUUCUUGAACAUGAAUUUAACAGAGAAUGGGAACGGCACGGGGGGAAGGAAUAUGUGGCACCAGCUAACCGUAAGAAGUAGACCAUGCAGAAAUGUAGGAAUGACAAUUGUAUGUACCCAAAUUGCUGAAUUAUACAUCUGAAUAACGAUGGGGAUUCUCCUAGAAUUAGAUAAGAGGUGAUGGAGGUGGUCCGAAAUAUAGACGAAAGGAUAACAUAGUUCCUUGUCUUUUAUUCUAAGAAGCAAUGUGAAAUGACAGAAAAUUGUUUGUUACAGCCUGUUAAAAAUAUACUGCUUGUAUAUAGUCUGUCAAAAUGUGAUAUAAGAUAGAAAUGCCAGAAGUGAAUUUCAGCAAAAUGUUUGGAUAAACUUCUGAAGUUAAAUAAAUGGUUUGGAUGACUAGUGCACAAAUGAAAUGGAUAAACUAGGUAAUGUCUAGUUUGAUUGGCAGAUGUAAUAGUAAGUGUGUGUAAUAUGAUAGCCCAUUUAUAUUAAUUUAUUGAUAUAAAUUUAUAAAAUCUGAGUAUAAAACCAAUUAUGCCAUGUCUGAUCUAUUUUUAAUCCACAAUUUCCAAGCAAGCCUAGUCAUGCAUGUCAUUAUAUAUAUGAAAUGUGCUUGGAAAUUCAUAUAUAUAACCAUAAAUGAUUUUACUGAAGGAUAACACAUACCCCACAUCAUACUGUGUACAAUUAUAAAGUCGGCAUUGUUUUGAAGCAUAGGGUGAUUUAAGAUUUCUCGUCCUAGGCUCCUCUGAGCCUAUGCACAUAAAUCCCUGUCAAACUCAAGAGGAAAAUGUGUUAGUUUCUGUCUUCUGAGAAGAAAUGAGACACAAGGCUUGUAGGGAGUGGAAUUCCCACCCCUGUGGCUGUAUUUAUGUCAGUGAUCAAAUAGUAGUGAGAGAGAAUUAUUAUGUUCAGUCUUCUAUAUUCACUUUGAGAAACUGCAUUAAUUGUUCCUUCCAUAACAUACAGAUUGAUCCCUGGUAAACUCUCUUGAGCUGAAUGAGCAAAUUUGAUAUAUAUUUGUGAAAUUUUGCAAUAGUUUUCAUUCAGAGUACUUUUUUACAGUUAAAACUUGAGCAUAAUUAGAAAAGUUAUAAACACUUGCACAAUUUUUUUUUGUGCAUAAACAUCCCUUAAAUUAUAUGUGUUCUUAAGUGGCAUAACAUAACCUAUUCCUGAGUUAUGCAAUGAAAGAACUGCCAAACUUUCUACGGCAUAUUUAAUUAAAUUUAGUGGUACACUGACGAUUCCAUGUGUAAAUGGAUAUACAGAAAUAUCCCAACACUGCAUCUGUGAUACUGUGUUUUUCAGUAACUGUUAUUUCAAUAUAAGAAAAUCAUAGAUUCAGACUAAUAUACCAUUCAUUGACAGAAUAUAAUUAUGUCAUGCAAUUGUCACUAUGUCCUUAUAAGCAACUCAUCAAGUGAGUCUGUUACAGUGGACUUGAAUAAUAAAUGACACAUAUAUAAGAAAAUAAAUAUGUUUGCAGCCAAUAUUAUGGUAAUUAGAACAUUUUUUAUGAGCAUCAUUAUUUCCAAUAUAAUUUUUCAUUGUGGCUUAUACUAUUUGCAUACGUCUUGCAAAUAUCCUUAAAAUCAGAACAUAUCAUCUUUUGUAAGCCUUGGAAAAGGAACUAAUUUCAAACUUCCUAUAGCUGCAAUUAAAGAAAUUAUGAAUGCAAAGUAUCCAGAAAUAUUAAACACUAUCAGUGUUCUUUAUUAGCAAAUUAAUGUUUAAAAUUAAAUUGUGUAGGUCCUACAUGUGUUGUGGAAGCUUAUGAAUACAAGGAAUGGAUGACUUUUUGCCACAUUAUUUAUAUUAGAAAUACUGAUAACAGUAUUCAGUUUCUGAUCUAUAUAGGUUAAUAAAUAUUUCAGGGUUGUUUAGGAAUAGAAAACAGUAUUAAACUGUAGAGAGAAUACAAAAUACAUUAAGUAAAAGAAUGCACAAGCAUGUAAUGUUUCACUGAAAUACUUAAUUUUGAUAUAAACAAUUACAAAACAUACACUUUUUGUGCCUCUGUAUUAUUAUACAUAGACACUUAAAAGUAAUGUAAGUACAUAAGCUUUAAAUGAAGUCUUAGAUUAUGCUUUGUGAAAGAGAAAUUACAGUAUGUUACUUAUGAACCUUAAAUAAAAUGAUAGUAGUAAUAACA